AAUUAAGGAUCCAUACAUCAAGAAUGGAAAUUAUUGGCACUUUGGUCCCAGUUUAGGUACUGAUUACUGCAGGAAAAACGCGUUCGCCGAGUUCGCCUCCGGCGAGGUAAUGUUUCCUUCCUCGGUGUCUUGGAAGACGGUGGUUGCAACAGCUAAAACCCCAACCACCCUCAACCCUCACUUCUCCAAGCUUCAUAUCACCAAAGAACUGAGCUUUUCCAAGAUUUUCAGUAAGCCCCACAAGUUUUAUCUGUUAAAAACCCAGCAGAAUUCUACCCUCUGCUCUACUUCCACUCCCUCCUCUGCUGACCCCAACUCUCACCUCACUCGACUAUGCCUCCAAAGCCAGCUAGACCAAGCCGUAAGUUUCUUGAACUCGAGACAAGACCUUUGCAGUAAUAUUGACGAAGAAACGUUUGUUUAUUUGAUUAGGCUUUGCGAAUUCAAACGAGCGUCGAAAGAAGGGGGUAUGAUAUGUUCUUUUGUACUGAAUUCGAUGUCCCAGUUGAGCUUGAGGCUCGGGAAUUCUUUGCUGGCUAUGCUUGUCAAGUUGGGGAAUUUGGGAGAUGCUUGGUAUGUGUUUGGGAAAAUGACGGAGAGAGAUGUGUUCUCUUGGAAUGUUUUGAUUGGCGGGUACGCCAAAAAUGGCUACUUUGAUGAGGCUUUGGAUUUGUAUCAUCGUAUGUUGUGGGUGGGAUAUAGGCCUGAUGUUUAUACUUUCACUUGCGUGUUGAGGACUUGUGGCGGAAUACCUGAUUGGAAAAUAGGUAGAGAGAUUCAUGUUCAUGUAGUUAGGUUUGGGUUUGGGUGUGAUAUUGAUGUUGUUAAUGCAAUGAUGACUAUGUACAUGAAAUGCGGUGACAUUGUUAGUGCCAGGAAGGUGUUUGAUGGAAUGCCUAGGAGGGAUACGAUCUCAUGGAAUGCCAUGAUAUCUGGGUAUUUUGAGAAUGGUGACUAUUUGGAAGGUUUGAGCUUGUUCUUCUUGAUGAGAGAGUUUGGUGAUCAUCCGAAUUUAAUGACCAUGACGAGUGUGAUCUCUGCAUGUGAGGUUCUUUGUGAUGAGAGGUUAGGGAGAGCUUUACAUGGCUAUGUGGCUAAAAUGGAAUACGGGGAUGAUGUUUCGUUGGGUAAUUCACUAAUUCAGUUGUACUCUGCUGUUGGGAAUUUGGGGGAAGUGCAAAAAGUUUUUUCGAGGAUUGAGUGCAAAGAUGUGGUGUCAUGGACUGCAAUGAUUUCAGCUUACCAGAAUAACGAUUUGCCUGAAAAGGCAGUGGAAACAUAUAAAACAAUGGAGAUGGUGGGUGUCAAGCCGGAUGAGAUAGCCAUUGCUUCCGUUAUAUCUGCAUGUGCUUCUAUGGGAUUUCUAGAUAUGGGGAUUAAGCUUCAUGAGCUUGCCAAAAGGAUGGGAUUUGUAGCAUAUAUAAUCGUUGCAAACACACUCAUUGAUUUAUAUUCCAAAUGUGGUUGUAUCGAUAAGGCUUUGGAAGUCUUUUAUGAGAUCCCCAGAAAGGAUGUGAUAUCCUGGACAUCUAUUAUACUUGGUCUUCGGAUUAACAAUCGAAGUUAUGAAGCUUUGAUUUUUUUCCGGAAAAUGACGUUCACUAUGGAUCCAAAUUCAAUUACCUUGAUCUCUUCUCUUUCUGCGUGUGCUAGGAUAGGAGCUUUAAUGUGUGGUAAAGAGAUACAUGCAUAUGUGCUGAGAAAUGGGAUGGCUUUUGACGGAUUUUUGCCCAAUGCUCUUCUUGAUUUGUAUGUUAGGUGUGGAAAAAUGGGCCCUGCGUUGAAUCUAUUUAAUACGCAGCAGCAAGACGUGGCAGCUUGGAACAUUAUGCUUACAGGCUAUGCCCAGCGGGGGCAAGGUGAACUUGCGAUAGAGUUAUUUGAUAGAAUGAUAAAUUCGAACUUAAAGCCAAGUGAGAUUACUUUUAUAUCUCUAUUAUGUGCCUGUAGUAAGUCCGGGAUGGUGAAUCAAGGCCUCGAGUAUUUUGACAUUAUGGAAUCUAAGUUUUUUAUCAAACCAAAUCUGAAGCAUUAUGCUUGUGUGGUUGAUCUACUGGGCCGAGCUGGGCAACUGGAAGACGCUUAUGACUUUAUACAGAAAAUGGCGAUAAAACCUGACACAGCUAUUUGGGGAGCCUUGUUGAAUUCAUGUAGGAUCUACAGGAAUCUUGAACUCGGGGAACUUGCUGCUAGACACAUUCUUGAAAUGGAUGAAAUAAAUCUGGGGUAUUAUACCCUCGUAUUCAACCUGUACUUUGAUUGUGAAAAGUGGGAUGAAGUCGCUAGACUCAAAAAAUUGAUGAGAGUAAAGGGGCUAGAUAUUGAUCCCGGGUGCUGCUGGAUAGAAGUAAAAGGCAAAGUUCAUGCAUUCCUUAGUGGCGAUAAUUUCCACCCUGAAAUAAAGCAAAUAAAUGGAGUUCUAAAAGGAUUUUUCGAUAAAAUGAAAGCAGCUGGCCUUGAUGAACCAGAAAGAAGUGUUGUAGAUGAAGUUGAAGCUUCAAAAGCUGAGAUUUUUUGUGGGCACAGUGAGAGGUCGGCUAUUGCAUUUGGGCUGCUAAAUAGCGUUCCCGGGAUGCCUAUUUCAGUAACUAAAAACCUUUACAUGUGCCAGAGCUGUCAUAACCUUGUCAAAUUUAUCUCUAUGGCAAUUCGGAGAGAAAUCUCUGUCAGAGAUUGCGAAGGUUUUCACCAUUUCAAGGAUGGAAGGUGCUCUUGUGGGGAUAAUGGGUUUUGGGGGAAAUCUUAGAUGAAUUUCUCUCUACCCCUUCCACCAAUUUAGACGUAAAUACCUUCCCUGUCACACAUGAAAAAGAGCUGGUCAGAACUGUUUCAUCUUCAUAUAACAAUUAUCAUAGCUAAGGAUAUAGAAACAUAACUCAGCUAAGUAGUUGUAACUUAGGUUUAGUUACUUUAUUCUGCUUCUAUCUUAUCAUAUAUAGCCGUAGUUCUAUACUUCUAUGUACAAAAUAUCGUAGCGUUUCAGAAACACAAAUUAAUCAAGGAAAUGCUUUCUGAACUUUAUUUU